CUGCCUGCCAUGGACAGCCGGAGCGACACUCGGAGACCAUUGGGUCCAUCCGCCCUCCUGUCCCUCGGGACUGGUUCGAGGAGCUGAACUGCACCUGGGUCAUCGAGGUUCUGCCUUGGGAGAAGGUGAUCAUCAGGUUUGAGAAGUUCCACCUUGCCUGUGACACGGGAGUACUUACUGUGUGGAGCCUCAACCAACCUCCUGCAACGCUGUGUAACCUGUCCCAGCCCCGAUCUCUCACCUUCUCGGGGAGCAAUGUCCACAUCAACCUCCGAUCAGUCUACACCGGUGGGCCUGCUUUCAGCCUCUCCUAUACCAAAGUGUCACCGUGCCCGCUGCGAUGGACGCUCUGCCCGGGUGGAAGCUGCGUCCCCUUGCCGGCCGAGUGCGGCCCACCUCGACGGGACCCGCACCCCCCCUCCCCCUCCCCCCCUCCCCUGGUGGGCAGGGGAGGGGCGUGCCGGGGCGGGGUCCUCUCCCUGCGCGGCUUCUUUGGUUCCUUCGGGCCCCGGGGCUGCACGGGGGGAGGGUCCCGGCGAUGCGAGUGCGCGUGGCUGCUCGACACGGGCGACCCCCGUCCCCUGGUGCUUACCUUCGCCAGGAUGAGACUGGGGGCGGGCGACCGGCUGGAGGUGUGGGAGGGGGCCGGGGGGAGGCUGGUGGGGGCGCUGGGCGGGGAGAGGGCGAACGGCCAAAAGCCCAAUGUUGGGGGUGCGGGGGCCACCUUGCGCACCGAGUCCGGCUCGGCCCUGGUGACCUACAGGGGGUCCGAGGGGGGCUUCAACGCCACGUACCAGGUGAAGGGCUACUGCGCUCCCUGGCAGAGCCCGUGCGGGGACGGGGGGGCCACCGACUGCUACUCCCCGGGGCAGAGGUGCGACGGGGUGUGGCACUGCGAGGGGGGCCGGGACGAGGAAGGGUGCCCCCAGUGCCCAGCCGGGAGGUACCCCUGUGGGAGGCACAGCCGCCUCUGCUAUGGCCCCGGGGACCGGUGCAACUACCAGACGUAUUGCCCCUCGGGGGAGGACGAGGGGCACUGUGCCCGAUGCCAGCCGGGUUGCUUCCGGUGCGGGGACGGGAGGUGCAUCUUUGAGACGUGGGUGUGCGACAGUCAACACGAUUGCUCUGAUGGCGCCGACGAGCUGUGGUGCCGGGCCUCGCUGCCCAGGAAGGUGGUGACCGCUGCCACCGUGGGCAGCCUGGUCUGCGGCCUGCUCCUCGUAGUGGCCAUGGGCUGCACCUGCAAACUCUACUCACUCCGCAGGAACCAGUACAGCUUGCUAGCCCCUGUGGCCCGGAUGGAGUCAGUUCAGCGUCGGGCUCCCCCAUCGUAUGGAGAGCUGAUCGCACAGGGGGCUAUCCCCCCCCUGGAGGACUUCCCCACUGAGAACCCCAACGAUAACUCGGUCCUGGGGAACCUGUUGUCCCUUUGGCAGCUCCUGAGGCAGGAGGAACCUAUCACAGAGACACAGAGACCCAGGCGCCAUCGCCGUCGCCGUUACCGUUACAUUCGCCGCCUGUACCGUCACCUACGCCAGAGCCGCCUCUAUACCCUCCUCACCCAUCCCCGGGGGGUGAGAGGGGGCUACAGCGGGUCUACACCGCCCCAGCCCGAACCCUCCGCCCCCACCGUCCCCAACCCCCUCCCCAACAAGUUCCCGCUGCUGGGCUCUCAACCGCUCCCCGCCCAACCUGAGGCGGGGGUCUCGGGGAGCCCCGAGCCCGCGUCCCCUGGGGACCUCCUCCUGGUCCCCCUCUCCCACAGUUCGCCUCAGGACCCCGGCUCCGACCCCGGGGCAUUCCCCAGCUGACCCCCACCCCCCCACCCACCACCGCUCCCUGGCACCGUAGGGUUGUGGGUGGAGGGGUGUGAGCAGACCUUUCUGACCCCCUCCCACCCCCACCCCCGGAGCGUGGGGGAUUAGGGAUGGGUUGGAUACGUGUGGAGGGUGGUACCUGAGAGACAGAGAGGAGGAAGGGAGGGGGGAGGAGGUUUCAGAAAGGUAACGGGACCUUCUCUCGUGUGACACCCCCCCCCCCAAAACCGCCACCCACCCAUCCCCGCGGUGUAUCACCCACCCACAGAGGAUGUGGGAUUGUACCUUCCCCCGAGACACUCCUCCUCCCAUUUGUCUCUGUCUCUCUCUCUCCCUCUGUCCGUCUCUGUCUCUCUCCCACUGUCCAUCUCUUUUUCUCCCUUGUCCCUCUCUCUCUGUCUCCCCCCACCCCCCCAUUUAUGUCUAUCUCUCUCUCUCUCUCCAUCUGCGACUCCCUCUGUCUCCCAGUCUCCCAAUCCCUGUGUUCCCCCAUCUUUGCUCCGUCUCUGGUCAAACUCCAGCCUGAUGUCGGGAGGGAGGGAGAGUGAGUGAGCGUGCAGGGUGGUGGAGGUGGGACAGCAGAUCGAGGGUCAGGGCCAUGGAGACACACACAGUGCACUCUGACCUGAGGACGAAGGAACUCUGAGGGACUCACGCAAGGGGUUGGGAGGGGAUUGGUGCAGUUUGGGAACAGUCCCCCACUGAGGUUUGGCUGCCUUCUCCCUCUCCCUCUCUCUCUCUCUCUGUCCUCCUGCUUACAUUUUGGCUCUGCUUUCAGACUCAGUGACCCUCCCAGAGGUAGGAGAGACACUGCUCGUGUGUCCAUUGCCAGAGUAAAGGCUGUGAUAAACUCUAUCACUGAGGACGGGAGCGAGAGGGGAUGGGGUGGGGGUUUGGGAGAGACAGAGAGAGGGGGCAGUCCCACACACCGAACACAAUCCUUACCACCCACCCCCCCCGCCCCCACCGUUCACGUGUCCAUGGUUUGAGGUGCUCCUGCUGGGGUUCGCUGUGGAACGGUGAUGCACACGGCUUCUUGUGAAUAAAUGACAUUCCUGCUGGUUA